CCACUUACAGUCGCCGAGUUUGACGGACUUGCUCCUCUUACUUCCACUUAAAAUUGUCUGUCAAAUGCAUAUCCAAAUCUAAGUCAACCAAAAAAUAUAUCUAAAACAGAUUCUUCCUUUCUUUGGUCAUGGAUUAACAUUUAAAGAUCUUUUAAAGGUUAAUCAUCUGAGUUUACAAAAUCAUCGCCAAGUUACAAGCUUUUCUUUGGUCAUGGAUUAACAUUUAAAGACCUAUGUUGAUAUGUAUAGCUUUUUCUUUCGGCAAUAAUUCAGUAGGACAAGCUAAGCAGUAAAUGCAUGGCCUGUCAUUUCCCUAUCUGGCUGCUAGGGCCAGUCAUAGUUUGCUCUAUCGCAUUUCAAUAUCUCAAUGCUAAUGCUCAAGUCCAAAUCUCUUCUAUCAUCUAUCUAAAUUCUGCUAGUUGUUUAGGGAAUGCCCAACAAAACAUUUUGCAGAGCCAAAAUGGGAGGUUUGCACUGAAAUUCUCCAGACUCGGCAACCAAAUGCAAUACCUUGUCAUAGCCUAUAUCCAAUACAAUGAGACGAUCAUAUGGGCAGCCAAUAGGAACAUGCCCAUUGAUGGAAAACCAUGUCUAAAGCUGGGACCCCACGCUGAUUUAAAUCUGCAAGAUCUGAAUGGGACUGUACUCUGGUCUGCCAAUGUGAGCCAAGUAGACCACGUAGAGUUACUAGACUCUGGGAAUCUGGUGUUGCAAAACAUUAAGAAUAAGACCUUGUGGGCUAGUUUUGAUUAUCCUACCGAUACCAUCAUUCAAGGGGGAUAUCUAGGACCAGGAAGAGCCCUGAUCUCAUAUAAGUCCUCUGAUGACCUAUCAGCAGGACCCUACAUGCUCAAGAUGGAGCCAGGGGGUGUUGUUCUGUACGGAAGCUUCCCAACCCCUCUUCCUUAUGGAGUAUGGACAUACAAUCCAUUGGGUGUUGGGUCCUCAAGUUUUGCGAACUUUGCGUUGCGAAGUGCCUGCAAUAACACCCUGUUACAGUAUGGAUCGAGAGGGGAGAGUAUUAGCCUGGAACAAGAAGAUGGCUCUCUGAGUACUGAGUGUAAGCAAGAAACACAAGGCCGGAGUUCCAGCUCAAGACAAAUUGUCACCGGGGAUCUCAUUGGGAAUGAUUUUUUCCGCUCCAAAGGAAAUUGUGAAUGCUAUGAUGAAGUUGUCUUCAAUCAAUUUCAGUCCAACGCUGGAUGCAUUCCAAGAAAAUAUCCUGUAUGUGGAGCUUCAAACCAGUUUUUGAAGCUUGAGGGAGUUGAUUAUUUUGCAAAUGGAUACAUUAAUCCAGGCUCAUCUAGCCUUGAACAAUGCAAACAAUUGUGCCUGUCAAAUUGUUCUUGUGCUGCUGCCUUCUUUUGGAAUAAUUCCCAGGCUUGUUAUCAUUAUCAAGAGGUCAAAUCCUUGAGGCGUGUCUCAGAUCAGAGCAUUCUGGCAUUUAUCAAGGUUGGCCCUGGUUCACUCAAGGAAAUUGAUAACAAACACAAGAGCAAUAAAAUAGUUUUGGCCGCUGCUGUAGCAGGAAUUUGCAUCAUCAUCAUUAUUUUUUCAGUUUUGGGUUUCCUUGUAUGGAGACGCAAAACAAAAAAAUCAGUGAAAUCCAAGACUGAGGAAGAUCAAUUUCUAGAGAAUUUGCCAGGUUUGCCCCCAAGAUUUUCAUACAGAGAGAUGGAAGAGGCUACAGAUGGGUUCAGUAGGCAGCUUGGAGCAGGGGCUUUUGGAGCUGUAUUCGAAGGAAAACUUCCAAACGGGAGAAAAGUUGCAGUGAAGAAACUUGGCAAUGCAGAUCAGGGACAUUUGCAAUUCCGCGCUGAAGUUGCAACCUUGGGAAGCAUCAACCAUGUAAAUUUAGUAAGGCUCUAUGGUUUCUGUGCAGAUGGCACACACAGAUUAUUAGUAUACGAGUACAUGAGUAAUGUUUCACUUGAUCGUUGGUUGUUUCAAAGCCCUGUCGAUGAUUCUUCUUCAGUUCUAAAUUGGAAACGGAGAUAUAAGAUAAUUCAUGAUACAGCUCAAGGAUUGGCAUUUUUGCAUGAGAAAUCAAGGGAUAGAAUCCUUCAUUUGGAUGUGAAGCCUCAAAACAUUCUAUUGGAUGAGAACUUUGGAGCUAAACUUGCAGACUUUGGAUUAGCCAAGUUAAUGGAUAGAUCUCAAAGUCGUGCUUUUACUCAUAUCAGAGGUACUCCUGGGUAUUUAGCCCCUGAGUGGUUGCUGCACGCAUCUGCAACAGAUAAGAGUGAUGUAUACAGUUUUGGAAUGGUUUUGUUGGAAAUCAUCAGUGGAAGGAAAAAUUUAGUCUUAUCCAUGCCUGAAGAAGUGCAAUUUUUUCCUUGCUGGGCAAUUAAGAUGAUUGAAGAAGGAAAAAUCAUGGAGGUGAUUGAUCCAAAACUGGGGGUCCUGGUUGGCAGUGAGUGUGAACAAACUGAAAGAGUGAUCAAAAUUGCAUUUUGGUGCAUUCAAGAGAACGAACGUGAAAGACCUUCAAUGAGUCAAGUGAUGCUGAUGCUGGAAGGACACAUAAAAGUUGAAAAUCCACCACUUUCCCUGCCAUUUUUAUCAAGAACUCGAGCUAGAAUUUCAGCAUAUUUAUCAGAGUUACAAACCCCUUCAACAACAGAGGCCACAUCAAGCAAUGCUGCCACUUUGUCCAUGUCUCUUUCUGCAAGGUGAUAUCCAAGCUCUAAAGUGUAUGUUUCAAAUUUGCAAAACUUUAGGUUUCAAUUUUCUGCCAUAGUAUCAGAAUAUCAUAUUAACACUACAAGCUCAAAGUUGUAGUCAACAGGUAAUUCAUGAAGAGGAUCAAUUUGUAUUACAUGAUGGAAUUGAACAAAAUGUUCGCUUUCUUCCAUUUCCCAUCUUCAAAUCUUCUAAUUUUUUUAUUCCAUAUCA